CCUUGCACCCGAAGGCCGCGACGUUGACGUCAGCUCUAUGUUUUGGUUUUGCGCGAUCUCAGGACAACAUCGACAACGCAUUCAGCAGUGUACAUUUUCUGUGGGUUUCCCAGGCCCUAAUCGCCUUUGGUAUGUUCAUUGACAAGUUUAAAUUUCAGCUUGUGGUUUAGAAAUGGGACGAAUCUUUCUGCAGCACAUCGGCGGUACAAGGCUGUUCUCAUGUGCCAGCUGUGAUGUACCAUUAACUAAUCGUGCUGAGCUUAUUUCUACAAGAUUUACAGGUGCCACAGGUAGAUUCUAUGCCUUUUCCUCUUCAAACUCGAUCCCUAGUGUCAAUCUCAGUCUAGUGAACCGUGCAAGACUCGCUCAGAUCGUGUCCAUGCUGACUGGCCGCCACAUGUCCGUGAGUUACUCGUCUAAACAUUCUGAUGAAUUAGGGUGGAUUAAACUAUGAGUUGCCACUGAAGAAAACCAGCGCUACAAAGAAGGCCGUGUCAUCUUGGAGAGAGCAUUGGUCACAGAGAGUGAGGGCUUCGAAGAGCAUGUGCCAAACGACAGCUGAUCGAGCAGUGCCACCUGA